CCUGUAACUGUCACCACAAACAGACGGCGACGCUAACUAACCAAAAAUAACUUCGCAUUACUGUCAUCAUAAUUUCUCCAACCCGCUAAAACCCAAAAACCAGACAAAUUAAACCUCCCCUCUCCUUCCUUCCUCCUUCCAUCUUUCUGUUUCAGGAUACUCUUUUCCUCCCUUCCUUUCGUGCUCUUUUUCCGAUAAUGGCUUCCUGAUUCGCAAUGUGGAAGUGCUCUUCUCUUUCUCCACUCUUCCAAGUUGUCUGAUUCGCAAGGAAAACCUCUGGUAUUGCCUCUCACUACUUGGGUUGCAACACUGGCCUUUUGCUAGGCUUUGCCCCCAUUACUAAUUGCUGCUAUCGAGCUCUUAAGUUUCUUGAUGUUAGGGUUUCUGUUUUGCUUCUGUCCAUAGCUGUGGGUGGUUGUGUUCUGUGUGAUUCUUGGUCAAUUUUGCUUUUGCUUCUGUAGUUUUUGUUCGUUCGAAAAAGAUUUAUGGGUUAUGCUUGGCUACCACACCUCAAGCGUUAGAUAAUGAGCUCCUUCCCUCUUGCACAUUUCUCCGAUUCCUGUUGAAUUAUGGUCUGUAAUGAUUGAUUCGGACCAUUUUCUUGUCAAUUCUUGGUCUUGCAUACACGAAAGUUCCACAGUUGCUUCAAAUUAAAGCUUGGGAACCGCCACUCUCUACGUACUUCCCUCUUGUGGGAUCUUGUUUGUCGUUUGCUUGUGCCAAUUCAUUGCUUUCUGACGCUUGAGAGUCUGCUCGUUACAGGAUGGUAUGCUCCUUUUUCGGAUUGUGAUUAUUCAACAAAGAUCAGCUGGGAAAUUUUAUUUGGGAACGAGUUCCUCAUAAUCUCUGUGAGCUUUUUGGACGAAUGCUCUUGUUAGCACUCUUAUCUCUCUGAAUCGCAGAGUGGGUUCUUGUGGUUGGUGCUCUCUCUGGGAAGAAAAAUAUGACAGCAAAAUCAGUGAAAGGGUCCUCGAAGUUCAUGAUUCCUGAGACCGGAACCAACAAGUUUGGUGUAAACCAUUUGGUCGCAUCUGCUCUCUCAUCUAAGGAGGAUGCACGUAAUCGUGUACUAUGUGAAGGUCAAAUGCUUGAUACAGCAACAUCAACAAGAGAAGGAAACUGUUCCGUGUGUAUUUUUGAUGAGUUUAGGGCUUCGGCAGAUUCUUCACACUAUGUCCCUGGAAACGCUGGAACUUUCCUCAAUAUGAGCGGAAAAGAAACCAGCAUGGUAAUAGAACCAAACGGUUUGAUGGAGGAAGGUUGGAGUGACCUAUCUGUUGGACCAUUGUCUGAAAGCAAUCAGCACCAUGCCGUGAAAGUUAAAUCUUACAGGAAGUUCUGUAAGUCAAAUAGUAGUCACCGGGACCCUGGAGACUCCUAUAAAUGGCAUUCCUUUACGGAGAGAGGUCAGGAAAAUCACGGUCUUAUCAGGUUGAGGAAUCAGUGGACCGUUAAGGAAGCACAAAGGCGUCACGACAAAGAUGUGGUCAUUAGAGAUCCUGAAUUUCCAGAUGCAUUUCCUUCCAGAGGGCAUCCUGAAUCUCAUUGUUGGGUUCCUGUGCAUAAAACGAAUCCGAGCUCUUCAGCCUACUUAUCAUCAUGUGCUCGAGUUGGUUUCUGGAAAGCAACUAAUUCUGCAAAAUAUUGUGUGCAUUUGCGUCGCCCAGUUGAAAACUCUUCUGCUGCGAGCACAGCUAGCCAUAACCAACCUGAUGUGGUUCCUCAUGGCUACCAUUACUCAAAUACAGACUCAGCUACAUCCGCAUAUGUACAAAAGGCUGGACCAAGUUUGACGAAUCCUAGAGCCCAUUCUGCAACAUAUAAGCCAUUUGAUAAUUCCCUGUGCAGUAAACCAGUCUUGGGACUUAAUCAUGGCGGAAAUGCACUGAGAGACUAUGGUUCUUGUCAAGCAACAGCUAUCAAGUGGGUCCCUGUUGCUGCCAAAACAUCCAAGUUACUGCAGAAAGUUCAUCCUGGUAUAACAUUUACUUCUCACAUAAAGAAGAAAUUUUCUAGCAAUGGGACUGCUAAGCAGGAUUAUGCCGAAGAGGCGUUCUGUCCACCGGCCACUUUAAUUGACUGCGAAAUCUCAUAUGUGAUUCCUUCUAAGAAGGAACCUUGUGAAGAAAGUAGACCUCCAAACUCUGAGGAAAUUCCAGUUGAAAAACAGAAUAGUUCUAAGAAAGAUGAAGCAAGUUUUGAUCAAUAUGUUGAAAAACUGAAAGAAACUGAUGAAUUUGUUGGAUCACGAGCAGUGAUGGAAGCUCUAACUGCAGCUUAUAAACUGCAACUAUUGUCUGGCAUCAUCCAGUUCACUAUUGGAUAUCCACUUGCAGACUUUGAAACGUUUCUCAAUGCUUCAUGUCCAGCUAUCACUGCAUCUUUCGUGUGUGAGAAAAUUGCUGUGUGCUCAAGUAAUCACCAAUCAAGUCGAUGUGUUUGUGAAAAUCAGAUACAAGAUGUAUCACUUUCUGCUCUUUGGGACUGGUAUGAAAAUCCUGGAAGUUAUGGGUUGAAAGUCAGGAUAGAAGCUCGUCAAGAUCUAAAUGAUUUCAUGGAUGAGAAAACACCAUUUGAUGCACAUUUUGUUCCUUCGCUAUCGGCUGUUCAAUUGUUUGGGUACCCUGUACACUCAAAUUCAGAAGGUAACAAUCAAGGAGCUGUCAGUUUUGAGAUGAAAGACAAGGGAGAUGUCGAAUGGCAUUCUUCUUCCCCUAGAAGCACACUUCUGAUGGAUUCACUGGACAGAUGUGGAAUGGGUCAUUUGUCAUUGGACAAUGAAAGCCUAAGUUCGGUUUCUUCACCAUCAUGCUCAAUCAAUUCAGAACUCCUGUUCGAAUAUUUUGAAUCAGAACAACCAUAUAAUCGAAAACCUCUUCACCUAAAAAUAUUGGAGCUUUCAGAUUCUGGAACUCCUAAUCUUCAAGUAUAUGGUGAUCCGAAGAAGCUAGUAUCAUUGACACUGAAUGAAAUACACCCUGCCUCGUGGUUCUCAGUUGCAUGGUAUCCUAUAUGCCGAAUUCCAGAGGGGAAAUUGCGUGCAUCAUUUUUGACAUAUCAUUCCUUUGGCCAUUCAGUCAAGAAAAAAGACAUUACGGCUGAUCUCUCUCCCAAUAAAUCGACUCCCCUAACUAGCUUCCCAGCAAUAGGGUUACAAAGCUAUAACACACAGGGAGAAUGCUGGUUUGAUAUCAGAAGGCAGAAGGAAUCCUCUACUGGAAAGCAAUCACUUGGUGAUUCUGAAAUUCUCAACAGAAGACUCCAAACUCUGCAAUUGAAUGCAUCACUUCUUGCCAGAGGCUCUGUAAGUAAAGAUAAUAUCAAGGUGGACAAUGUUCAGCCAGAUUAUGAAUUCUUCGUUUCCAGGAAGCGCUGAAGAAUGCAUGAAAAUUGGAGACAGAUUUAGGUCGACCUUUCACCAUAAAGAUAAACAAAGUCAGUAAGUCUCACAUAGUUUCUAGAUGUGCAGUUAGUUUCCCUACUGGCCAAAGAGUUCCAUCCAUGUGGUUUUUGUACAGCCGUAUGUAGACACAGUACAGUGUUUUAGACAGAAUUCUCUCCUCUCUGAAUUGUGUAGUCUAAUUCUGAUGUAUAUAGCUUAUUGUUGAACCCCCAUACUAUAAGCUCAUUGUCAUUGAUCUAAAUGUUGUGCCCUUGCUCUGUUCAACGUGGAAUGUUCUUUCAUAGUGACUUACCUGUCCAUUUGAUUUGAUCCCAGAAUCUUAUUAUCAACCAAAGCCCAAUAAUAGAAGUAUAUCUAAGGGUACGCUUGAAAAAAGGACUAAGCUAGAGCAACUAAUCUAUGGACAUAAACGUAAGAGAUUGCG